ACAAAAGUUCUUAUAGAUCAACAAUGCUCCUCAAGACUUGCCUCCCCUCCACCAUAACCACCACCACAACUUCUCCACUCAUUUCCUUCUCCAAACCCUCUCUUCUUCUUCCCUUCUCCCAUAAACUUUCUUCACCCUUUCCGCGCACUUCCAAAACCCCAUCUCUCUACUCUCCACCAAAGAUGAGUUGGCUCAACAAAUUGGGUUUUGGUGCUCGUACUGAUACGCCAAUGGACUCUUCUUCCUCUGCAAUUCCACAAGGACCUGACACCGACAUCCCUGCCCCAGGCCAACAGUUUGUCCAAUUUGGAGCGGGAUGCUUUUGGGGUGUCGAAUUGGCGUUUCAGAGAGUGCCUGGUGUUACCAAGACAGAGGUUGGAUAUUCACAAGGGUAUUUGGAUAAUCCUACUUAUGAAGAUAUAUGCUCUGGGAAUACCUUUCAUUCAGAGGUUGUUAGAGUUCAGUAUGAUCCUAAGGAGUGCAAUUUCGAUACCUUGCUUGAUGUAUUUUGGGAUCGGCAUGACCCCACCACCCUCAAUCGACAGGGUAAUGACGUUGGCACCCAAUACAGGUCUGGAAUUUACUUCUAUACACCUGAGCAAGAGAAGGCAGCACUAGAAGCGCGAGACAGACAACAAAAGAUAUUGAACAGGAAUAUUGUUACUGAGAUCUUGCCUGCUAAGAAAUUUUACAGAGCUGAGGAGUAUCAUCAACAGUACCUUGCAAAGGGGGGUCGCUUUGGUUUCAGGCAGUCUGUUGAGAAAGGAUGCAACGAUCCCAUCCGAUGCUAUGGUUAAGGCCGCUCUGUUUGCAGAAGAGAAAUACAUGUUUGUUCUUGUAAGCUAUGUUUUGUUUACUGGCUUGAAAUUGUGAUUUUAUACUAGUGUAUUUAUUUCAUCGACCUGUUAUAUAAUUUACAAAAAAAAAGCCAACUGUAUAUUAUUGCAGUUUCUGGUUAUUUCAUCUUUGUUAGUGUCAUUUCUCAUAUUAAACUUGCAUAAGAUAUAUUGUAGAUAUUUGGAUGAUUUCAAGA